AGAAACUGACACAUUUUUCUUUCCUUUUCAGAGUAUCUCCUCUACAGAAGUCUGAAAUAGUAGACAUGGUAAAGAAACAUGUGAAUGCCAUAACACUUGCCAUUGGGGAUGGUGCCAACGACGUGGGAAUGAUCCAGACCGCUCAUGUUGGAGUAGGGAUCAGUGGCAAUGAGGGCAUGCAGGCAACCAAUUGCUCGGAUUAUGCCAUUGCACAGUUUUCCUACUUGGAGAAACUGUUGUUGGUCCAUGGAGCCUGGAGUUACAAUCGAGUUACCAAGUGCAUACUCUACUGCUUCUACAAGAAUGUGGUUUUAUAUAUUAUUGAGGUAGGAGUAACUAAAGGGAUGGGCUUUGAAGGUGCUUACUCCUCAGUUAUUUUUUUUCUAAAAGAAAAAACUGAAAUUAGUUGGCUUUAGUUACU